AUGUCCUCGUUGGACGAGGUUCAGCUGCAGUCUCGCACCAAGACUGCUCGUGCAUCUGUAUCAGUGAGCACCUCAACAACAACCAGCACCAACACCGAAGAGGAUACUGACAACGAUAACAAUUUAGCCUCUGAAAAAGCAAGCUCAGCUGAUGGUGACAACAACACUAGUGGCAGCAGCAGCCAAACUAUUGUUGCUAUGGAAACAGGCAGCAAUCUUGCAGAAAAUGUCAUUCAUGUGAUUAGCCCUGCAGUUGUGGCAACAGCAGCAGCACCGGUUGGAUCAGCCUCUAGCAGUGCAGUGACGGUCACUCCAAAUGUACAUACUAUCACCAUUUCAGGAAAUAAUUUGUCCAUACCAUUUAGCUCGUCUUUGACUUCCUCCACCCCUAAUGGUACCCAGAUGGAAUUACAACACAGCCAGAGGCUGGAGCGUUUAAGGGAGGAGCAACAAGCUGUCAGGGACAAAUUGACUCAGAAACAACAAUUUGAACAAAAUUUUAAACCAUGUAUUGUUUGUGGUGACAAAGCCUCAGGUCGUCACUAUGGUGCAAUUAGUUGUGAAGGCUGUAAAGGUUUUUUCAAGAGGAGUAUUCGAAAACAACUGGGUUAUGCAUGUCGAGGCAAUAAGGACUGUCCUGUUACCAAAAUACAUCGUAAUCGAUGCCAGUUUUGUCGCCUACAGAAGUGUCUUGCAGUUGGCAUGCGAUCUGAAUGUAAGUUUCUCUUUUAUAGUCCAACCAUUUUGUUGUAUUUUGUGUAUGAACCCCAGGGGAGUGGCUGUUUGCAUAACUGUUCCAUAAGUCUUGCCUACAGAUAA